GCUAGGAAUAUAUUUCAUUCCAGUCCAAGUGACUCUUCCGCUUGAGCAGUCAUGGGAAAACGCAAGAAAUCCUCUAGAAAACCAGCUGCAGCAAGGAGGAGGGAACCAUUAGAUACCGCCUUCACUUGUUUGUUCUGUCAUCAUGACAGGUCCGUGACAGUUAGAGUCGACAGAAAAGAGGGCAUCGCCCAGUUGGUGUGUAGAGUAUGCGACCAACGUUACCAGAGCAAGGUUAAUCACUUGACCGAGCCUGUAGACAUCUAUUCAGAAUGGAUCGACGCUGCCGAUGCAGCGCAGAAAGAAGAUCACGGCACUCGAAGACCAGCUGCCUCAUCAAGUAGACCAGCGCCGGCACCACCAUCCGUCGGGAGUGAUGAUGAUUGAUCUAGACUGCACUCGGGACUUGUAACUAUUUUAUGUUUUUUUUCCUCACACUGUACAAUAGCAAUCGUAAGACAGGCUGUAAUCGUAGAGUUUCGCCGGUGCAGUCGGCCUUAUAAUAAGCUCGUGUGACGCACCUGAAUUCGAUUUGUGAAGUGACCAGGAUUAAGAUGGAGACUCGGGAUUCCAGGGUUGAUUCUGAGCAGGUAAUACCCAAGUUUCUAGCACCGUAUACAAACCUGCUGUUGUCAAGAUGCGAAGAGUUACAGGGGGAAGAAUUUGGGCUUGUGAACCUUGAAAGCCUACUAGGUAGUAAGUAAGUAAGUACUUGGUAGACGCAAAUGCUUUGCCCGAAAUAGAAC